UUUUUCACGUGCAAUAGUCUUUAGCUGUCACUUGCUGACAGCUGACAUAUAUGUUUGACAUGUGUGAAAGAUUAGGUUAAACAUAAAAUCAAGAAAUAAACAACGAUGACGCAAGAAAUAAAGAAGACGAAGAAAAAAAAUAUACAGAAGGAAAAUUUAAUUCAGGAAGAAAGCAAGGUUGAGGAAAAGCCGACCAAGUCUGCUGAAUUGAAAUAUGGACCUGUUGUAUCUUUUCCAUAUCAAAGAGUAUGGUCCAGAUGCAUUCUGAUACUCGGAGUAUUAUUAAUAGUUUGGUAUAAUAGCAGACAGGCCAAGGAAGUAUCUUUAGCAAAGCAGAAAGAUGUGCUGGUAAGUCGUGCACAGAAUGUUGACUGCUCUGUGGAUUAUAGAGAAGAGUUAGAAAAAUACCCUGGCUGUGUACCAGAAAAAUGUGGCAGAGUUGUUACGGAUAAACUUGUCUCGACAACAGAGGUAGAUGUUUUACUGAAGCUAGCAAAAGAUGGAUUAGAUUUGGCUGGAUCUGAUGGCGGCGCAAGUAUUCUGGAUCUUCAUUCUGGCGCUCUCAGCAAAGGGCAGGGUUUUAUCAAUAUCUACAAACAGUCAGCAGCAAAGAAGUUAUUUAAUAAUAUGGAUUUAGCAAUUUAUAGGGUAGUGAAAACGAAAAUACAACAUGCAGUAGCACAUAAUUUUGGGGUAGAUAUAGAUAAAAUUUAUUUAACCAAACCUACGUUUUUUUCGCGGAUAACUAAUAAACCCGCGAGAACUAUACAUGAUGAAUACUGGCAUCCACAUGUUGAUAAGGAGACAUAUGAAUCGUUUCAUUAUACAUCACUGCUGUAUUUAAAUGAUUAUGAGAAAAAUUUCGAAGGUGGUAGGUUUAUAUUCAUCGACAAAAAUAAUGUCAAUACAACAAUAGAACCAAGAAAAGGCAGAGUCUCGAUUUUUACCUCAGGAAGUGAAAAUUUACAUCUAGUUGAAAAAGUAAAAUCUGGUACUCGUUACGCUUUAACAGUCUCUUUCACGUGCGAUAAAAAUGCCGCGAUAUCAGACUCGCAUUUUACUGAUGCAUUAAAUUAAAAUGUUUAUCUAAUUAACAUUAUUUGUAUUUGUACAUUAUCUAUAUUGCCCUUUUAGUCAUCGAGUAUAUAUCUAAGACUCCAUUAUUCAUUAAACCAUAUCAUACUACAUUAUAAAGAGGUAAAGUUUAUCUGUUUGUUCCAUUGUUUGGGGUAAUCUCAGAAACUACUGAACCGAUUUGAAAAAAUCUUUCAUAACUAUGAAUAGCUUAGAUCUUCCUGAGUAACAUAGGCUAUAUAUCAUCGCGCUGCAACGUCUAGAAGCCGAGCAGUAAAGAAGAAUGUGCCGAGCGCGCGAGGAAAAAACGCCAUCUAAUAAUUUAUAUAAAGAAAAUGAGUAAAAAAAAAUAUAUAAAAUCACUGAUUUUUUUCUUUUUAUAAAUUUUGUUAGAUUCACAUAUAAUCGAACAGUAUGGUAAUAGUAUCAAAGAAAAAAAUAUUGCUUACAUAAGUUUAGUUUCGAAAAUUUAUUUGUCUAAAUAAUCAGAGUUGGGAACAUAAACAUAUUGCAUAUAAAUUUACAUUAUUAACUUGUAUGUAUAAUAUAUACUUACAACUAGUAAGUGUGUAUUUUCAAGAUAUGAUAUACAAUAUGCUGAAUCUCUGUUAAGUUAAUAAAAAAUACAGACAGUA